AUGGCCAUAGUUCUUGGGCCAUUGGUGCUGGAGGACCAUCUGCAACAAUUGAGGACAGCCAGGCUUAGCUUUCUUGUCGAUAUUUCCUUGAAAAUUGCCAAUGAUUUCUCAUCCAAGAUCCCGAACGAAUGGAUCUGCACCCUCCCUGCCGACAAUCACGACCGAAAGAUAUGCUAUCGUGCUAUUCUAAUAUGCUGGGCUGUUACUGGAGAACUGGUUCCUAGGGUGAUGCAACUGAAGGCUGUUCUUGCUAUACAAAAUGGGAAGUAUGUACUGGUCUCGGCAGGCACUGGCAGUGGGAAGACAUUACCAAUGGCUCUCAACAUUCUUCUUGACGACCCCUCGAUGCACUAUCUCACAAUAAUCUUGUGUCCUCUGAAAAGACUCCAAAAAGCCCAGGUCGAGGAGUUCACUUGGCGCUUCAAGAUUUGUACUGUUGUUAUCAAUGAAGAUACACCUCGGGAUGAGCGCUGGUAUUCUAAAUAUCUCUGGAACUCUGGAACUAAAACACGCAGUCUGGCAAAACUGGCCAUUGUCACGACGGAGCAACUGGAGAAAUCAAGCGCUGGCCAUUGGUCCUCGAUGGCAAUUCUGAUCCGUGACCCCUGGUUCCAGCGUUACAUCGCUCGGAUUAACGUUGAUGAGGCGCACUCCAUCCAUAUCGAUGGUCUCGGUCAUUACGGGCUCUGGGGCAAUCUUGAUGUUCUUCUGAAUCUCCUGCCGCAAACAGUCCGCUGGCCAAACACUGUCUACGCUCUUCAUCAGGUCGACAGUAUUGAGAACAUGGCCAACUAUCGAUGCUUUGUGGCUCAUCCCUUCUCUCUUGCCAACCAACCCCGUGUCUUGAUCUUCAUUGAUGACCGCAAGCUCGCAGCCAAGAUUGUGACAUAUCUCAAGAAGCUCUUCCUCGAUGAAACAUAUAAGGAAUUCACGGCUCCUAACGGUGGAUGUCGUAUCCUUAUAAUGACUUCCAGUAAUGCUGUGGGUGUCGACUUUCCAAAUGUCAAGAUUGUUUGCAAUGUUGGCCUGCCAUCAACAGUGGUCAAUCUUUUGCAGCGGGGAGGACAUGCGAUCCGGACAGGAAAUGAACAGGCAUUGUUUAUUAUUUUCUACGAACCGUGGGUAAUGGACAUUGACCUUAACAACUACAAUGGUGACGACACCGACAUCCACGAUCCAGAUAGACCCCGAGUACAUGCCCGUACAGUUGGCAAAAUCUCAGUCAUUGACAAGAAGGAUUGUGUUCCAUUUAUUCUCGUGAAGCUUGUACAGCAGAGACCCUGUGUGCGUGACACAUUUGCAGGCUAUCUCAAGGAUGAGACGUUGAUCUGGACUGGGUCCUACUGUUGCAACUGUGGCGACCACUUGUUCCUGCAUCCUCUAGAUUUUGAUCUCCAAAGUCUUCUUCCUGGUCCGUUAUUUGUGGACACGGAUAUGAUGGAUGUCGACAAGGCUACUGGCUCUAGUUCUGGCGGACACGGCUACCACCGUCUGGUUGAACGGCCAUAUCUUGAGCACGCCCUCAACAAGUGGCUCGAAGAAGCCCAUCGCAAUGAUCCCCUCACAUUCGCUUGA